GAGAAUGGUGUUGUUUGGGUGGUAGGAAAAUGAGACGAGAAAAUCAGGGGGGAAAAUAAAAGCUUGGUGCUUUCGAGGGAACUGGGUGUAAUUUUCGGUGGUGAGGGGGUAGUUUCGGAUAUUGAUGGCAAAAAGCAAAGAAUCAGAGGGAUCCGCCAAUGAAAGAGCGCCACGUCAGAUAGGUUUGGGUUUUUAAAAGGUUGUUUUUUGUUUUGUUCUACUCCGACCCGAGUCCGCAUUAGCUGCGAAAAUAAUUAAAUGUAUCUAUUCUGUAUAUUAAUUUUGGGAGUCCUACAAAUUCAAAGGGUAUUUUAAAAUGUUUUUAAGGGUAAAAUUACCAAAUAAAUUUAUUUGCAACAAAAAAGAAAAAAAGAAAGAUUAUAUGCACAAAAUAAUAGUCUAUGCUCCUUUUUCCAAAUUUAUAAUAAUAUGUAUCAAAAGACAAAUUUAAUAUUUUCUUGUUCUAACCUAGCUCACAUAUGAGGAUUGUAUUAAGAAAAACGCAGUCAAGGGUGGAAUUGAGAGUCCUGAAAUGUUGCAGUAUUGUUCUGUGAUUAUCCAAUAAAAAACAAAAAGACAUACGCUUAGGUUAGGGACCCACUUAUCCAAGUUCCUUCCACACAUUCAUAUCCUAAUGCCCGGAAAAGUUCACACAGGCCUAGAAAACCAGUAAAAAGAACUAAAAGAAAUUGAAAAAAAAUUAAAAAUCAAUGGCUACUACUGUACUACCCAAAGCUCUUUCUCCAUUUCUUUCAAAUCCAUCUUCACUUCCUUCUGCUCACUUAACAGCUAAGCCACCAUGUUUAAGGCCACUAGACCACUCUCCAUGCACCAAAACUAAGCCAAGUGUUCGAACCCAUGCUAAGAAAAAGAACCCAUGGCUGGAUCCUUUUGAAGAUGAUGUGGAAGACCCCUUCUCGGAAUAUGGUUCAUUGUUCACUGAUGGCAAGCAAGAAGAAGAUCCUAGGCCCCCUGAAGACCCUGAUAAUCCUUACGGUUUCUUGAAAUUCCCAAAGGGGUUCACCGUGGAGUUGGCUUCACUGCCUUUGAAAAUCAGAGGUGAUGUCAGGAGAUGUUGCUGUGUCAUUUCUGGUGGUGUCUAUGAAAACUUGUUGUUUUUCCCUGUGAUUCAAUUGAUCAAAGACAGAUACCCUGGUGUUCAAGUGGAUAUAUUGGCAUCAGAAAGAGGAAAGCAGACAUUUGAACUGAACAAGAAUGUGAGAUGGGCUAAUGCUUAUGACCCUGACGAUGACUGGCCUGAUCCUGCUGAAUACACAGACAUGAUUGGACUUCUUAAGAAUAGGUACUAUGACAUGGUUUUGUCGACAAAACUGGCGGGUCUUGGCCAUGCUGCCUUCUUGUUUAUGACCACCGCUCGAGAUAGAGUGAGCUACAUUUAUCCAAAUGUGAAUGCAGCAGGUGCUGGAUUACUCCUUUCUCAAUCUUUUCCUGCAGAUAGCAUGAAUCUUUCUGAUGCUGGAUAUAACAUGUACCAUCAGAUGGUUGAUUGGUUGGGAAGACCAUUUAGGAGUGUUCCGAGGCACGAGGUUGGCCCCUUAAGAGUGUCGAUUUCGAGGAAGCUGAAGGAGGUUGUGGCAGAAAAAUACAGAAAUGCGGGUGUAGAGAAAGGGAAAUAUAUAGUGAUUCAUGGAAUAGAAUCGGAUUCCAAGGCUUCAAUGCAGUCUCGAGGUGAUACUGAUUGCUUGCUCCCCAUUCAAGUAUGGGCUGAAAUAGCUGAGGAUAUAAGGGGAUUUAAGCCACUUUUUGUCAUUCCACACGAGAAAGAAAGAGAGAAUGUGGAGGAAGAAGUAGGAGAUGAUGCUAAUAUUGUUUUCAUCACUACCCCAGGGCAGCUAGCUGCUCUGAUAAAUGAUUCAGCCGGGGUGAUCGCUACAAACACAGCAGCUAUACAGCUAGCAACUGCACGAGAAAAACCAAGCAUCGGCUUGUUUUGCUCAGAUGAAAAGGGGAAACUGUUUGUUCCUAAUGCAGAAGAGAAGAAAUGCGCCGUUGUCUCAUCCAAGACAGGAAAGUUGAUAGAUAUUGAUGUGGAGGCUGUUAAACAAGCCAUGCAAAUAUUUCAACGGUCCCUAGCUCUUGUAUAGGAGAGGUGUUCGUAUAUAUAUAUUUUUGGCUACACUCUUGUGAUUCCUUUUCUUUCCUAUUCUUUCCUUUUAUAUCUAUCUUCAAUGUUUCUAUAGUGCAAAAGCAGUAAUAAGUUACACACGUCUUCGCUUGACAAGUACCCAAAAA